UUCCAGAUUAAAAAUUUCCCUCCCUUCCUUUGGAAAGCUUUGAGGGAAAAUCGAAAUAAAAGAGCCCCAAUUUCUCAGACCAAAGAAUGCGAAUUGUUCAGAGGAAGAAGAAAGAAGAAAGAUGCCAAUACAGAUGCCCAAAGGGCUGCCUUUCGCAGUGGACACAUUCAGUCCAUCUUCAAAGAGAAAGAGGCACCAUUUCUUGACCCAUGCUCACAAAGAUCAUACUUCUGGCAUUUCCACUCAUUUUUCUUACCCAAUUUACUCUACCCAUCUCACCAAAUCCCUUGUUCUUCAACACUGCCCUCAGCUUGAUGAUACUUUGUUUGUGGGAAUUGAAGCGGGGGAAUCUGUUGUUAUUGAUGACCCAGAUGGGGAGUUCCAGGUUACAGCCUUUGAUGCUAAUCAUUGCCCUGGUGCAGUUAUGUUCUUGUUUGAAGGCAAUUUUGGUAACAUCUUGCAUACUGGAGACUGUAGACUCACCCCUGAGUGCCUACAAAAUUUACCUGAGAAGUAUAUCAGCAGGAAGGGAAAAGAGCCACUAUGUCGUCUUGAUUAUGUUUUUCUAGACUGUAUUUUUGGUAGAUUCUCUCAAAGUCUACCCAGCAAGCAGUCAGCAAUCCGUCAGGUUAUCAAUUGUAUAUGGAAGCACCCAAAUGCACCCAUGGUGUAUCUGACCUGUGAUCUUCUGGGGCAGGAAGAGAUUCUGACCAGCAUUUACAGAACCUUUGGGUCCAAGAUACAUGUUGAUAAGGCAACUAAUCCAGAUUGUUUUCAAUCUCUGAGAAUCAUAGUUCCUGAAAUCCUUUCAGAAGAUCCAUCUUCCCGUUUCCAGGUGUUUGGUGGUUUCCCUAAAUUAUCUGAAAGAGCAACAGCCAAGAUUGCAGAGGCCCAAGCUAAUUUUCAGCCUGAACCCCUCAUUAUACGACCUUCAGCAAUGUGGUACGCAUGUGAGGAAGAGCGUUCAGAAAUUGAUAGUAGAUGGAAGAUAAGAUUUAAUGAAGCAAUAAAGGAUCAGUUUGGUGUUUGGCAUGUCUGUUACUCAACGCACUCAUCUAGGGAAGAACUAGAGUGGGCUCUGAUUCUUCUUGCUCCUAAAAGAGUUGUAUCAACAACCCCCAGCUGCUGGGCUAUGGAGUUGGAUUAUGUUAGGAAGCAUUGCCGUGAUACCAAAAUAAGUUCUGAUGAUCCUCUUUGGAAGCUUCUGGACAUUGAUGUGGACGCUUGUCCACAAGUAAAUUCACCCAUUAAAAUUGUAGCUUGUUCUCCCAUGGUUGAAGGGCCCACCCAAUCUUAUGCAGAACUGGAAUUGCGGCCUAUUAAUGUAUCUUCUUGCAAGAAAAUGCUCUUGACUUUGUCUCCUCCAAGCAAAAGGCCACCUGUGACACUGUUUGGUCAAGCAAGAGUUGGUCUCCGUGAUUCUAGUAUUGCACAUGAGGCAAAAAUCAUAUAUAAAAGAGACAACCCUCCAUGUGUUGUCAGUAAAAUGGAGCAGGUAUCUGUGAUCCAGGAGGACACCAAUGAUGAUUCUGGGAAUAGAUUACAAAACAAACUGGUGGCUGAAGAUGCUGCAUUGCAAUGUAAGAAGUUGGUGAGAAGUGAACCUUGUGAGAAAAGAUCAGAGAACAAGCUAGACACCAAUGAUACUGUUAUGCUGAGUGAGGAGAUGAGAAGGGAAACUUAUUAUGAGUAUAUAUUUGAAAACGAGCAGGUGGAUGAAACUGCAAUGCUAUGCGAGAAGUUAACGAGAAAGGAAAUUCAUAACAAGUGUUCUUACUCCAUUGGAUCUUCAAAGAGCUAUAGUGACAGCUUUCGAAAGUUGUACAGGUCAAUGAAUGUGCCUGUGCCUAAGCCUCUUCCCUCUUUGGUGGAGCUUAUGAAUUCCAGCAAACGGUCCAGGAGAGUUUAAUUCUUGGUAGUCCUGUGAAGAUGACAUUCUACUGGCUUUUAAUUCAUGCUUGCCUGGUGAAAAUAUUUGUUACAUGCAGAAUGUUCCCAAAAACAGACCACCAGUUAGUCUUGUAUCACAAGUGGGAUCUGAAUGUGUUUUAGGUGAAGCAGGGCAAGCUCCCAUGGGGUCUAUGCUUCUAUGAUCGAACCAUUAGGCAGCAACUGCAAGCAGUCUGCAAUGGUGCCUAGCACCAUUGUUGUUAUACAGAAAUUCUUUCCCCUCGGAAUAAAGGGUGUGAGUUUUAUUAGUGAUGAUACACUUAAAUCUUAUACUGCAAACAAGGGGUAGGAGAAAUUACUGUCGUUGUCAUUCUUUUAUGUAUUCCUAUUAAAGGAGUAGAGCUUCGGAAUAACGUAAUGUUGUUAAUCUAUAUCCCAAAAAAAUGUAAUGCUCUUCUUUAUACAUAUGUCAUGUAAUCAGUAUCAAUUUAUAAUCUGAUCACAGAUUUCCUUAAAUGAUCC